GCUACCAUCUCCCCGACAAUGUGGAACGACCAUAAUUAAUAGGUAACUGUGGUAGGGUUUACUAACACCCAAUCGCCAGUUACGACAUGGUGGAGAUUGCGGGUUCUUCUUGAACAAAAUGUUUAAGACGAUCCCUUUAGCUGUUUUUCUUAUGGUCGUUCCUACCCUUUUGUUCCCUUGCAUUGACGUUUGACGGUAGGUUCCUUUUUCACGGCUGGGAUAUGUUAUCUGCAGUUUUCCUUCAGGAUAUUUGGAAUUUUUGUAAUGCCUCGUGGAAAUGAUUCAGAUUCAUCUACGUCCUAUGACAGUCUGGUCCAAUCUCGUCCCAUUACGUCUAACAUUUUUACUAAUCCAGUCCGACUUGGCAUAAUACAACCACCGUUUCAGCCUCUAUCUGCUCCUCGAGACCUCUUUCUAUCUCUUUCCCUGGAGGAUUUAGACUUGUCACUUUUCAGUAACGAACUUCAGCACCAGGCCGGUCUCCCUGAUCUGUCCUCUUUAGAUUUGUCAUCAUCUGUCAAUAGUUCUUAUUCUGCCCCUGACUUCAAUAUGGGUGACUCCACUUUAAUGCCAGAACAUUUCACAGGUAGGGACACGUCUCAUGCUGCCGAGUGGCUUGACCGUUUCACUCAUUUUGGUAACUUUAAAAGGUGGACUGAUGCACAGAAAAUUGAAGUUUUCCCACUGUUUUUAAAGGACGCGGCGUAUCUAUGGUACAAAGAUCUGAUAGAAUCGGCAGAGGAAGAAAUAGUCCGUUUUGAUGAGAUUGAGAAAUUGUUCAAGGACAAGUAUGUCCAUCCGACUGACCGUUGGGCCCUUUUGGAAACUUUUGUGAGUCGAAAGCUUUCCCCUAAGGAAGCUAUAGAUACUUAUUUGGCAGACUUGACCGAAACGGCUAGCUUGUUAGGAAAAUCAGACACAGAUUUAAUGGACGCUUUUGUUCGGGGAUUAGAUGACAAUACCAGGCGACAUGUGUUAAUGAAACAACCAACUGUGCUAAACGAGGCAGUCUCAUUUGCGCGACUGGCUAGAUCGGUCAUUCCCCAGUCUGAAGACAGUACAAACGUUAUGCUAGCAAUAGAUACGCUGAGAUUACAGAUUGCUGAACUUUCGGCAAAACUCGCUCCGGUAUCGUCACAGAUCAAUACUUAUGAGUCCCGACAGAAUCAACGUCCCCAGUUCCCCAGACAAUCCAGGUAUACAGAUCGACCGUGGCAGCCCACUCCUCAAUGGACAGACCCAAUUCAAGGACACAACAUGGCCCGUGGAAGGCAGUGUUACAGAUGCGGUGGUGAGUAUGAUUUUUCUCAUUCUGAUUUCUGUCCCGCACGGAAUGUUCAGUGUCAUUUUUGUCACAAGAUAGGACAUUUUCAACGAGUAUGCAGGGCUAGGUACCAGUCAGGUAACCCAACUAGCAGAUAGCAAUUACAGUCAAGACCACGCAGGAAAUUUUCCCAUUGUGCUGAACAAACGUUCGACCAUACUUAUUUAAAAUCACAAGUUUGUAAUUCUCCUCGUUACAAACAGCCGAAAUCUAAAGUUUCGCAGACUACAUUUGAAAGCGACAACAGGCUUAAUACAAUUCAUGUUGUUUUGGGAGAAAAGUUAGUUCCAACAAUUGUAGAUUCAGGCGCUGGUUCUAGUGUUUUAAGCCUAGAAGUUUUCAAUGGUUCAGGCCUAUGGAAAAAAAUCCCUAUUCAAAAGUCAGAUGUGCCAUCUAUUCAAGGGAUAAGUCAAAAUAUAAUGCCAGUAUUAGGACAAAUUGUACUUCCCAUCACUAUUGGUGAUUUUCAAACAGAACAAUGUUUUCUAGUUGUUGCAAAUUUUGAGUCUCCCAUGAUUUUAGGAUUAGAUUUCUUGAUAAGUCAAAAGACUGUCAUGAAUUUUCAAUCUUAUACUUUGGCUAUUCAAAAUGGUUCAACAGUUGUUCCAAUGAGGGCGAAUGGUACUUUAUUACCACCUGUUGCUGGUAAACAAUCAAUCCCCACGAAGUCAGAACAAAUUCCUGCUCGCUCGCGGCAAAAUGUCACAAUUGCUCCCCCAUCAAAUAAGGAACACUGCCUAGGUUUUACAGUUCAGUAUCGACCGGGCAAACACUGGCAUCCCACAGAGAUUCUGUCAAGCUUUCCGUAUUCAGAAUGUUCACCGAAUUCAGACAGUGGUCUUCCCCAGUCGGAUAACAACAACCAAAUAUCGAUUCCAAUCGCAACAGAUUUGUCAUCAGACUUGUAUGAUGACAGCUCACUUAGGGUAACCGCUGUCCCGACAGGAGAUUACUCCACAUCAAACAGACAAUUUGACGAGUCCAAUCAAUUGCCACCGUGUACGUGCAAACGACCACGUUAUGACAAUCGUAAACGACUGAAAGUUCCUGGUCAUGCUAAACGGCUUAGGCGGUUUGUCAACCGCAGACACAGGCCAACUAACCCAUUUCCAGUUGUCGGUCAUUACAAUCAAAUUAAUAAAUUGGAUAAAUCUGGUACGGAUACAGACAUCAUAACCCCCAUUUCCCAGGCGUUAACAUCUGACAGGCAUAAAAAGUCACCUUGGAUAUACAGGAAUACUUUGCAUAGCAAAAUGGAUGCGAGCGCGUAGAAUACUCAGUGGAAAGAAAUACUACAGGAUUUACUAGGAGAACUGCACUUUACAUGAGAUUAAUGGCCGGACCUCCAUUCAGACGGGAGAACAGAUUAGCUCCUCCCUUGCUGUCGUCUGGUCCACGCCACAUCGAUUAUCUGGCUCCACACUUGCUGUUACCGGCGAACGCUAUCACAAGGGUUGCGACGCUGAACACCGCCCAUGAAGGCGCAGUAUUGACGAUAGACACUGCAAGACCUCUACGAUGUCCCCCCCUCCAAGUUGUGAAAGCAACAGGGUACAUCAUCAGUGAAAAUACAGAGCUCACUCUCGCAGUGUGCAGAACAUUUCGUCUCCUCACUUUGAUGACCAAGCCAAGAACUAUGCUGUGUGAUACACGGCCCUGUGUUCAGACAUUAAUUUUGUUGUGGCCUCGCACAGAGUGAACAGCGUUCAGUGUAUAUCCAGUGACAAUCAGAAUAUGACUUUUCCAGUACACGUGUGCCAGUUUAUUCGAUGGGACCAGAGACUUAUGAA